UCUCUCAGUCUGCCCCAGACUCCGCACAGGCACACACUCCUCAGAGAGGAAGGUGAGUGACUCCGAGUCAAAAUGACCGAGCGCUACGACUGCCACUACUGUAAAGAGUCCCUGUUUGGGAAGAAGUAUGUUCUGAGAGAGGAGAAUCCCUACUGUGUGAAAUGUUAUGAGAGCCUGUACUCCAACACCUGUGAGGAGUGCAAGAAGCCCAUUGGCUGCAACACCAGGGAUCUGUCCUACAAAGACCGUCACUGGCAUGAGGAAUGUUUCAAGUGCUUCCAGUGCAAGCGCUCGCUGGUGGACAAGCCCUUCUCCACCAAGGACGAGCAGCUCCUCUGCACUGAGUGCUACUCCAAUGAGUAUUCCUCCAAGUGCCACGAGUGCAAGAAAACCAUCAUGCCAGGCUCCAGGAAGAUGGAGCACAAGGGGAACAGCUGGCACGAGACCUGUUUCACCUGCCAGAGAUGUCAGCAGCCCAUAGGCACCAAGAGCUUCAUCCCUAAGGAAAACCACAACUUCUGUGUGCCCUGCUAUGAGAAGCAGUUUGCCAUGCAGUGUGUGCACUGCAAGAAGCCCAUCACCACCGGCGGGGUGACCUACCAUGACCAGCCGUGGCACAAGGACUGCUUCCUGUGCACUAGCUGCAAGCAGCAGCUGUCUGGCCAGAGGUUCACCUCGAGAGAUAACUUUGCCUAUUGUCUGAAUUGCUUCUGCAACCUUUAUGCCAAGAAGUGUGCCUCCUGCACCACCCCCAUUAGCGGUCUUGGAGGCAGCAAAUACAUUUCCUUUGAGGAGCGCCAGUGGCACAAUGACUGCUUCAACUGUAAGAAGUGCUCCGUGUCCCUGGUUGGCCGUGGCUUCCUCACUGAACGCGAUGAUAUCCUGUGCCCAGAGUGCGGCAAGGACAUCUAAUUCGCUCCGAGGGACGACGGAUACAUCUGAUUGGUUGACCAUGACUUGAUAGAGGAACGACAAAGAUACAAUACUAUCAGAGCACAGCAUCUUUACUGCUAAGCAUUACUAUGAAUGUACAUUGUUGUAUGUCAUGAAAUUCAAACUACUAACAGUGUUAUUUGAAUUUAGAAAGUUUAUUUAAGUUAAAUGUUCACUCUUUGAGAAAAAGUCAUUACUAAUAAAAUAACCACUGGCAUAAAUGUUAAGAGAUUAUCUUCUGAAAUACCAACAUGUUUGCAGAUAGACAAUAUAUGAAGCAUUUUGAAAUAAAUCUACAAUAUUAAGGUAGACUAUCCGCUUUGAGGUGUAAUAGUAACUACUGCUUUGUGCAUGGAUUAGCUUGAUACUGUAAUUAGUAGACGUUUUGUGAAUGAGUUCUGAAAUCACAAAUUAAAUAUAAUAACUGUGUCUUUACUCUUAUAAUUGCUAACUAUAGCUGUGUAUGAAAUCACAUGAAUUUCAGAAUUGAAUGUGAAAGUUACUGCAGAUAGGUGGGUCUAAGGCCUUAAAAGGAAUUUUUCCUUAUGAUUUGUUGCAACAAUAUUAUUUUAAGAGUACAUUAAAUACUGUGUAUAUUACAAUACCAGCAGAAUAACAUUGGUUACAAAGAUGAUUAGUUUUCUACUGUAAUUAAAUCAACAAAAGUGAUUCAUUGUAUUGAGACGAUUUAUUUAAAAUGGUGUUGGUACAAACAUGAGACUGGAUUUGAGAAUGGAUUCAAAAUGCUUUGUGAAUCUUGUUCCUAUCUACAUCCAUUUCAAAGACUGUAACUGCAAAGUCAAUUUAUCCACAAUUCCAAAU